AUGAGCGCGGAUUGCUCGGGUUAUUACACCGUGGAAAAAGAGUUUGUCAAUGCAUCCACGUGUCCAAAGCCGGGCAACGACGCUCGAGCGGUAUACUGCUGUGGAUUCAGCGACUUCAAGUAUUGCUGUGAUGACCCGAAGAGCUUUUUCCCCUAUGAAUAUGGAUAUAUGUGGUGGUUGAGUUUUGGGGCAUUGGUGGGCUUGUCCAUUGCAGCUGUGGUCCUCCUGGCCUUUGUCAUCACCGUAUGCGUCUUGUGCUACCUGUUCAUCGCCACCAAGCCUCGGGGGCUGGACAGCGGCCUCCCUCUGCACGCCCCAGGAGCUGAAUCAGGACCUCAGGAAGGCCCGAGCCAGGCUGUUGCUGCCGCCGCCACUCCCACUGGCCCUCAGGGUUUCCGCAAACACUUUUUCCGCAGCAAACUGGACUGUGACAAUCAACCGCCUGACCCCGACCGGCUCUUUCAGCGCUGCUUCAUGGCCACUGUCACCACCAUCAAUGUGGAAGGAUCCACGUAGAGGGAAAUGCAAAGAACGGACUCUCUCUCUCUCUCUCUCUCUCUCUCUCUCUCUCUCUCUCGUUUCUCUCUUUUUCCAGCCUGUAUGAAUUAGCCACCAGCCUACUCAGCCAGAUGCUUCUGUGUCAUCUGUCUAAUACGACAGCUCGUCCUUCACCCUACUGUCUUUUACGCUUCUGAUUCCCAUGCAACAGACUGCACAACACAACACAACAUGUACAAUGUACAACACCCCACAACAGUCAGAAGAGUGUACUUCAGAGUGUACUACAAAUGUGGAAGUCCUUAAAUAGUUGUUGUCAAAAAUAUAUUGAUGAUGAAGGGGCAGUCGAUAUCUCACACCCAAAAUAGUGCCUUAC